UCACUAGCAGGAGGAGGAGCAACAGCCACUAGGAAGGAAAGCGUCUGUGAUCCUAGGACCGGACCCGUCUGGCCACAGGAUCCGGUUCUGGUGGCUCUCCGCGGACCCACAGAGACCAGCGCGAGCGGCUCGAUGGGUGAGCUGGUUUUCCGUCUCCGGUCGGUUCUGGAUUGUGGGUCGGUGACUCCUGGUCCAUCUGUUCCCAGUGGAUCAUGGAGGAAGAAGAAGGUCGUCAGUCCGAUUCCGGAGACAGCAAAAAUGCCCCAGCCAAGAUUGAUGCUAGUGAUCACGGGAGAUGAUUUUGGCUACUGUCCAAGGAGGAACCAGGGGAUUGUGGACUGCUUCCUGGCUGGAGGCAUUUCCAACGUGUCCCUGCUGGUUAACGGCUCUGCAGCCAAGGAGGCUGCUGACCUGGCUAAGAGGUACCAAAUCCCCAUUGGUCUCCAUGCCAACCUGUCAGAGGGCACGCCUGUGGGCCAGAACCUCCAGCAGGCCUCCACACUCAUAAACCCACAAGGCUUCUUCCUGGGAAAGGUUGGAAUUCGUCAGGCUCUUGAGAGAGGCCAGCUCAGCAUGACCCAGGUGGAGCUGGAGCUGAGAGCUCAGGUCAGACGCUUCAUGGUGCUAACGGGUCACCUACCUUACCACAUGGAUGGACACCAACAUGUCCACGUGCUGCCAGACAUACGUGAAGUUUUUGCACAAGUCCUGUCAGACCUAAGGAUACCCUACACGCGUGUUCCCGUGGAGCCGGGUUUACACAGCUGCACAUGGCUUCCAGCACACCUCCAGACCUUCUACAAGCAGGUGGAGAAGGAUGCUCUGAACUCCAUCCCUAUCUUCAAACACUAUAGAAUCAGGUGGCCGGAUGUGUACCUGGGCCUGACCACCAUGGGUCAGAACAUGUCCUCCGCCAGCCUGCAGAGGGCCCUCAAACAAGCUCUGGCAGCAGGUCCUUCAGACAGUACCUCAAAGAGUUUAUCUGGCCUGCAUCCAGCUGUGGUGACAGCAGAGCUCAUGGUUCACCCAGGGUACCCCAGUUAUACCCAGGAGGGUGGCUGUGGAGGGGGUCCUGACGACUUCUCCCAGUCCAGCGACAGGGAGCAUGAGCUGGGCAUGCUGACAGAGCCAUCGGUGCAGGAGCUCUACCGGCGGGAGCGAGUGCAACUCUGUGGUUUCAAAGACCUCUGAAACAGUCAACGAUUACAUCAGAACAUGCUAGGAUCAUUAUUUUUGUACGUAAACAGUGCAGCAUUUUGGAUGUGGCUGCAUAUCUGUUAAAUGAUCAAUAAGAUGUGAUAGUCCAUAUCUGAUUGGUCUUUGAAUAUUCAGUUUAAUAUUACCUUAUGUUGUUUGGACUAUUCAGGGAACACAUGCUUCAUAUUAAUUCAGACAAAGUCAAGUAUAUAGUUAUAAAAAGAAUCUAAUUCUAUAUUUCUAAACUAGUGAUUAUACAUGCCAAAGUACGAAUGAAAUGAUUGAAUGUAAGCUAAGAUGUUUUGUAGCAAAACCUUGUUAAGUAUCUGAGAGAUCUUGUGAUGUCUGGGUUGUAAAAUCAGCCUGACUGUAUGGUUUAACAAGCUAUUUAUUAUUCAUAAACUCAUCCGACGCCAGUGUUCAGGUCUACAAUACCCUUGUGUGAUGGCAGCUCUUGAUCAGUCCGGAGGAAAGGCAGCCAGAUUGGUGAUGUCACCAGAUGGAAUGGCUCCUCGAAUCCAAAGAGUCUUAGUUCCCUUUGAGUUCAGAUAUCACCGGCCAUGAGAUGCUACCAGGGUCUGCUAGUUAGAUGUUCUCCAUCUGAGGUGUUGUAGCGUCUGAAACCCCUGGCAAGCGUUGCAGAGAGGCUUUUGAUUUUGAAUCAAAAGAGAGGAUGGUCCCAAGUGCUUUGCUCACCCGGUUGGCCUACCGAGCAAGCUGGCACAUAACUGGUUAGAUCAGGAAGUGCUCUAACUUUUUGUUAACUGUUCUUUACAAAUUUAGACAAAUCACAAUUUGACAAGUUUUAAAGACAACAAAUACCUCAGAAAAUCAUUCCUUCACUCAGAUACUUAGAGGUUAUUCUUAGUGUGAUGUAAAAAUGUUCUAACAGUUAUGUGGAGCAGAAAUGUUAAACAUUACCGAUAAUAUUUUGAUAUCAUUAUGUUCAUACUGAAAGAUUAAAUCAUUAAUUCAACAAAUACUGAUCUGGUGUAAUCUAAGACCUUAAAUAAAUCAUUACAGGAAUAAAACA